CGGCUGGAGGGGGCUUGGGGGGGCUGCCCGAGCCGCCCCCGCCGGGACCCCUCCGCCUGCUGCCGGCCUGCCGCGGGGAGCGGCGCGGCAAUACGGAGCCGCCUGCUGCCCGGCGAGCGCAGCAUCCUCGGCGCCCGCGAACAAAGGCUCGGCGCCAGCCGCCGCUGCCCCGGCGCCCGGCGGGGAUGGCGGCGCUGGGCUUGGGGGGGCUGAGCGCCGCCGCCCGCAGGAAGAGCGGCCCGGCCCGCAACGCCGCGGUGGAGCGCCGCAACCUCAUCACGGUCUGCAGGUUCUCAGUCAAGACCCUGAUCGACCGUUCGUGCUUUGAGACCAUCGACGACAGCUCCCCCGAGUUCAGCAACUUCGCAGCCAUCCUGGAGCAGAUCCUAAGCCAUCGGCUCAAAGGUCAGGUCUCCUGGUUUGGCUACGAGAGCCCUCGCAGCUUCUGGGACUACAUUCGCGUGGCUUGCCGCAAGGUCUCGCCCGGCUGCAUCUGCAGCAUCGAGAGCAUGGAGAACGUUGGCUCCUCCCGGGCCAAGGGCCGGGCCUGGAUCAGAGUGGCACUGAUGGAGAAGCACCUGUCUGAAUACAUCUCCACAGCUCUCAGAGACUUCAAAACAACCAGGAGGUUCUAUGAGGAUGGAGCCAUCGUGCUGGGGGAAGAAGCCAACAUGCUGGCUGGGAUGCUGCUGGGGCUCAACGCCAUCGACUUCAGUUUCUGUCUGAAGGGAGAGGGCCUGGAUGGCAGCUUUCCAGCUGUUAUAGAUUACACACCCUACCUGAAGUUCACCCAAAGCUCCGACAGCAUCAGCAGCGACGAGGAGGAGCUGCGGACGCUGGGCAGCAGCGGCAGCGAGGGCAGCACCCCGGAGAACGUGGGGCCGCCCUUCAUCACCGACGAGAACAGCUGGUACAACAAGUGCAAGCGGGUGGAGCACAAGUACCGCCUGGCCCUGGAGCAGAAGGGCUACCUGGAGGAGCUGGUGCGGCUCCGAGAGAACCAGCUCUCCCAGUCUGUCUCCCAGAACAAGCUGCUGCUCCAGAGGAUCGAGGACAUGCACCUGGCCCACAAAAUGGAGAAGGAGCAGCUGGAGUACAUCAUCGUGGAGCUGCAAGACCAGUUGACUGUGCUAAAGAACAAUGACUUGAGGUCAAGACAGGAACUAACCACUCACCUCACCAACCAGUGGCCUUCCCCAGGAGCUCUGGAUGUCAAUGCUGUGGCCUUGGACACUCUGCUCUAUAGAAAGCACAACCAGCAAUGGGAUGAGAAGAGUUUUCACAGCCUGGAGCAGCUUUCAGCAGAAGUUAGCCUUUCCCAGUCCUCUCUGGAGCCAGGUCACUCGCAGGAUGGCAAGCAGGAUGGAAUCAGCUUGUUGCAUGAAGGGAAAGAGGACACCCCCUCGCUGCUCGGCCUCUGUGGCUCCCUCACAUCAGUAGCCAGCUACAAAUCCCUCACCAGCCUGAAGUCCAGUGAGUGCCUGGCCAGCCCCACCACAGAGAUGACAAGCCCAGGGCUGACACCGUCCUGAGGCCCAGCCAGGGGCCUUGGUGCUGCACAGCAGUGGGGACUGCCACGGGCCCAGCUCAGCUGCUUUGUUUGCUCUCCUCACGGUUUGCUGAGCACGUCACAGCUUCUCUUCCUUCUCAUCCACUUUGGGGUUUUUUGCCUUUUUUUUUCCCAGAGGACUUCUGAGACUUUCUUCCCAUUUCACUCUUGGGCAGGUGGAGGACACCAACUGACAUUUAACAGGAAAGGCUUGGAGCUCAGUCCCCUCCCUCGCUGCCACAGCCUUCCUUCCUGCUGGCCCUGCUGUGCCCCUGGCUGCUUCCACCCGCAGAGCACACAGGGAUCCUGCGCUCUCCCUGGGGGGAAAAGAAGCCUAAACCCCAGCUUUGCAUCUGUGUCUGGCACAGGCCCUCCUCAACCCACCAGCAGCAGUCAGGCUGACUCGGUGCGGGGCUUUGCAUUCCUGCCAGGGUCAUGGCACCACUCUGGAACAGCAGCUCAAUAACACCCAGCCCUGGGCUCCCCAGUUCAAGAGGACAGAGUUCUGCUAGAGAGUGUCCAAGGGAGGCUAUGAGGAUGCUGAAGGACCUGGAACAUUUGUUUGAUGAGGAAAGGCUGAGAGCCCUGAGGCUGGUUGGGCUGGAGAGGAGCAGCCCCAGAGGGGAGCUGACCAAUGCUCAGCAAGAGCUAAAGGCUGAGGGGCAAGCAGCAGGGGCCAGGCUCUGCUCAGUGCUGCCCUGUGACAGGACAAGGGGCAGGGGACACAAACUGCAGUCCAGGAGGCUGCACCUCAGCAUGAAGAGAAACAUCUUUGGUGUGAGGGUGCUGGAGCCUGGAGCAGGCUGCCCAGAGAGGCUGUGGAGCCUCCUGCUCUGGACAGCUUCCAAACCCACCUGGCUGUGUUCUGUGUGCCCUGUCCUGGGUGAUCCUGCUCUGGCAGGAGGGUUGGACUCAAUCUCUAGAGGUCCCUUCCAACCUGUCCCAUUCUCCCCACUAGUUCCUGAAGUUGCAUGUGAGGAGCAAGUGCCACCUGGUCAUGCCAGGGAAGCACACUUGGCCAUGGCACAUGCUGAGAGCCUCACUGAAGGCCUGGAGUGACCUGAGUCUGGACAGUCCAAGCUCACAGGAGAAGUGUCUUGGUUUAUUUGCCUUGCUGGAGAGCUGGGGUUGGACCUUGGCAGGUUUGGGUUGUGUUUAGUGGCAGGAUCCCAAGGAAGAGUGCAAACGGGAAAGCAAAAGCAACACAGUGGUGAGGACUUUACUCAUCCCUGCAGUAGGGUUUGUCUUGCACAGGAGGUAGGCAGAACUGACUCCAGCUUGGAGUCCUUGCCAUGGACUUCAGGCACUGACAGAAACAAAGCUAGGAGAGGCUUUAUGUAAAUACAACUUUCCAGCUCACCCAACAGCUUCUGGAAUUGCAAACUCCAUCCUUAGUUCUUUGUAGGACACAAGGGAACCUCCAGCUCUGCCACUGCUGAGGAGGCAUCGCUCAGCAGCCCCUUGGUGACUCCCCCAACACCAAAGCCUGGCACUGGGUGGUGCUUCCAGGCCCGAGGGAAAAUGCUGCUUUGUGCCAAAGAAGCUUCAGAACUUGCUUACAUGAGUGGCUGCAAUACCAGACAGACCCUGAAGGACUCCUUGCUCCUGGGUGUUUCCCACUUACCACCACCCUCUGGCAGCUUCCAGUUGCUUGGCCUCUUGUAACGGCAGCUGGCACUGCAGCUGUGAUCUGCGCCACUUGGGGUGGCCUGGGAAGAAAGAGGAUUUGUGCUUCCUGGACUGAAAACUACAGGAGGAGGUCAGCUGCUGCCAGUGUGAGGCUGUGGAUCUCUGUAAGUCCAGGUAUGGUUUGGUUUACCUCGAGGAGGCUCGAGGUGAUCAAGAGGAGGCCACCAAGGUGGUCCACGGGCUGGAGCACCUCUGCUAUGGAGACAAACAGAGCGUUGGGGCUGUUCAGCCUGGAGAAGAGAAGGCUCCAGAGAGACCUUAGAGCAGCCUUCCAGGAUCUGAAGGGGGCUCCUGGAGGGCUGGGGAGGGACAGGAGGAGGGGGAACAGCUUCAGAAGAAGCUGGAUUGAGAUGAGACAUUUGAGAGCAGUUCUUCCCAUGAGGGUGGUGAGGCUCUGGAGCAGGUUGUCCAGAGCAGGCACAGAAGCUCCAAGCCUGGAGGCUUCCAACCCCUCAGCUCUCCAGCCUGCAGUGCUGGAGGUGGUUGUGCCCAUGGCAGGGUGGGCAGCUGCUGCUGCCAUUCCAAUGCAGGCUUCUAAAGCAGCUUAGCAGAGUCCACCAGCGCUCAUCUUUCAAGCCCCCCUGCACCUGCCAGUUAAUUGCUGUGUAAUAAAGUCUGGCAAAGCCUUCGUGCAGCAUCAGAACCUCCAUGAGCUCCGCCUGGCUGUGUCGCUGUGCUCGGGGCAGCUGAGGCAGCUCACCGAGUGCUGGGUUCCAAACUCGGAUCUCUUUUGACUAGAGGUGAGUUUUGCCCUCUCCCUGGAGGUGUUCAAGGCCAGGCUGGCUGAAGCCCUGCGCAAGCUGUGCUGGCAGGAGGUGUCCCUGCCCGUGGCAGGGGCCUUGAGCUGGGUGGCCUUGAAGGUCCCUUUUUUAGAAUGUGAUGAGUAGAGGAGCAGCAAGAGAGCCCCGACCGCAGCCCAGGGCAGGCGCAGGUGCCGGGGGCUGUCGGCUGUGCUCCGCCGGCGCUGCUGCUGCGAGCUGUGCCUCCUUAACCGGAGCCUCCUGCGGGGCCUGCGCCCCUGGGCGCCAGCCUGGGCAUGGGAGCUGAGCGCUGUGUGCUGCUCGGCUCGCCAGGUCCCAGGGCGCUGCCUCUGGGGCUGCCCUGCCGUGCACGUCCAUUAAACGUUUUGUACCAUCGCUCA